UGUGUUGGUCGACGUCACUUCUUUUGAGCUGACCGUUAAAUAUUUGCUUUCCCAAUUGAGUAAUUGCAUUUUUGUGUAAGGGAGGAGGAAGAAGAAGUGUUUGUGGAACGCUUUUCGAAAUUCACUAUUAAAGUUAUCAGGAUGAAGAACAAUAGCAAAAGUUUAUAUGAUCGAAUUCCUUAUAUUGUAGCGUUGACCACAUACUUUAGUUAUGCUAUGGUCAUUUGUUUUGGGUACCUCAAGGACUUUAUUGGGAAACUAUUUCGUAGGAAAAAGUUCAGGGUACCUCAAGGUUAUGCUCGUCUUUUAAGUGAUUUUGAAGACUUUUAUACUCGUCGUUUGUACAGUCGAAUUCGAGACUGCUGGAGUAGACCUGUAUGUUCUGCGCCUGGAGCGUACAUAGAUGUCAUGUUGAGGGACGUCAUCAAUUAUGGUGAAGACUUGCGUAUCAACGGCAAAACAAAGAGAUGCCUCAACUUGGGGAGUUAUAACUAUUUGGGUUAUGCGGAUGUUCCUGGGGGUGUGGAUGACCAAGUUUUGAAAGCUCUUGACUUUUAUGGUGUAAGUAGUUGUGGGACGCCUAAUGAUACAGGUUACACUGAUGUCCAUGCUCGUCUGGAGUCUUUGGUAGCAGAGUUUUUGAAUCGACCAGCAGCUCUAGUUAUGGGAAUGGGGUUUGCUACCAACUCCCAGAUAAUUCCUUCUCUAGUUGGUCCAGGUUGUUUGAUUCUUUCGGAUGAGUUGAACCAUGCCAGUAUUGUAGUAGGAGCCAGGGCUUCUGGAGCCAAAAUUAAAGUAUUCCGACAUAAUAAUCCUGUAGACUUGGAAAAGCAAUUGAGAUUGGCUAUUGCUGAAGGACAACCGAGAACUCAUCGUCCAUGGAAGAAGAUUCUUAUUAUUGUAGAAGGCAUUUAUUCCAUGGAAGGUGAAAUAUGUCCAUUAACUGAAAUAAUUGAAUUGAAGAAGAAAUACAAAGCAUAUUUAUUUUUGGAUGAAGCCCAUAGUAUUGGAGCUUUGGGUCACAGUGGACGUGGAGUUCCUGAAUAUUGGAACAUUCCUCAUAGUGAAGUUGAUAUUCUGAUGGGUACUUUUACAAAGUCAUUUGGAGCGGUUGGUGGAUAUAUUGCUGGUAGUCGUGAGUUGAUUGAACAUUUGAGAAACAGUGCUCCUGGUUGUUUGUAUUCCAGUUCUAUGUCUGCAGUUUGUGCACAACAUAUUUUAUUUGCUUUAGAACAGAUCAUGGGAAAGGAUAAGACAGAUAUUGGUCAACAAAAGAUUGUUCGUUUACGAGAGAAUGCUAUUAUGUUUAGACGUCGACUAAUUGAGUUGGGAAUUCAGGUAUAUGGAGACCCUGGUUCACCUGUCAUUCCUAUCAUGCUUUAUCCUCCAGCCAAGAUUGCAGCAUUUUCAAGAGAAUGUUUAGCAAGAGGACUAGCUGUAGUGGUGGUUGGUUUUCCGGCAACUCCACUAUUAUUAUCGAGAGCACGUAUUUGUUUAUCGGCAGCACAUACCUCUGAAGACUUGGAAUUUGCCUUGCAUGUGAUUGAAGAAGUUGCAGAGUUGAUUCAAAUCAAAUAUAACGAUAAGAAAAUGAUUGAAAUACAAUUAGAAGAAGAAGAAGAGGCUAUUAAAGCAUCUGAAGAAAGAGCAGUACAAAAUAAGAUAACCCAUUCUUUGAUAAGGAAUCAUGAAACCAUUAUCCAUGGAAAGAAACUAUUGAGUAGUAAUCAUUUUGGCCAUGACAAUGAAACUCAAGAUUUCAACGGGAUUAUGCAUUCUGGUAGAGAUACUCAAAGAGAGGAACGAAAAACUGCAUCCUUUUUUCAACGAAAAUGGAAUGGAAUGGAUAUUCAAUGGUUGCCUUCCAUGUCUUCUUCUUCUGUAGAUAAUAAUUCACACUAUCGAAGAAUGGACUCAAGUGCUACAGUUGAAACUUAAAAAGUGGAUAAUGGGGAAAUUAAAAAUUUGUAUUCUAUU